AUGAAGUUCUUCGCCACCGCCAUCCUCUUCGCUGCCACCGCCAUGGCCCUUCCUGGGUCUGGCGACGGUGUUGCUAGCCAGGGCAGCAAUGUCAAGUUCCCGGUCAACCACAAGACCACCAUCUCCCAGGCUCAGGCCAAGUGUGGCAAUGAUGCCAAGGUCUCGUGCUGCAACAAGGCGACCUACACUCACGACAUCAACACUGCUAACACCGGUCCCCUCGCUGGUGUCCUGCAGACUGCCCUCGGUGGUGGUCCCGGUGGUGACGGUCUCGGUCUCUUCGGCCAAUGCAAUGACCUCAGCCUCAACGUUCCCGUGCUUAACGUCGUUGGUGGAGGCGUUGACCAGCUGAUCAACCAAAAGUGCAAGCAGAACAUUGCAUGCUGCCAGAACUCUCCCUCUCAGGCGAACGGUAACGUUGUUGGUGUUGCUCUGCCUUGCGUUGCCCUGGGCUCGCUCCUGUAA